GGACAGCCAACAAAAGCAUCAUCACUCAAUGCGAACAGCGGAGCUGUCAAAUUUUCCUCCGCCCUUCUCCUCCACCUCCACUCGACGGUUUGUCUCCCCUUGUGACAAUGGGAAGUUCAUCGGACACUGCAGCGGCAGCAGGUUCUCCUGCAGCAAGUCGCAGUAUGUGGAAGGGAGUGCUAGCAACGCUGGUGGUGGCACUAGCCAUUCCAAAUGGAUUAUUUUCUUCCAUUCUGCCACCUGCACUGAUCAUUGGUUUGUUUUUGUCCACCUUUGCUUUUCUGGGCUUUCUGAUUGCCUUUGUCAACUUUUAUAUUGGGAAGGACCUACGUAAAUGCUCUCCACUGAAUGAACAUUUGGCUUAUGUAAAUGAAGAAACUCAAUCCUCCGAGUGCAUUAAAGACCUCGAUAGGGUGGCCAGUCCAGAAGGCCUCAGUCAACUGUGGAAGACAGAGAUUCAGAAUAAAAAUGCUACAUGCAAGGUUUUGCUGACGGGCGUCACGGGGUAUGUUGGAAGAGCAUUUUUGUUUCAGUUGUUGAGGGAGAUUUCAGAAGCAGAGCGAAGUGAUGAGGGCGAAGACCAACCGCCUCCAUUGGAUCAUAAAGUCUUUGUGAUGGCUCGGCCCAAAGCGAGAAAAAACUUAUCCGCCCAACAGCGACUGGCCAAAAUGAAGCGAGAUCCAAUGUUCUCGGCCGUUCAGGAACAGUGGGACAAUGUCAUUGUGGCUGUAGAAUGCGGCGACCUCCAGGAGGAAAACUGCGGAAUGACAGAGGAAACACUGAUAACCCUGGCGGAUUCCAAUUUGACUCAUGUGGUCCACUGUGCGGCGGAUGUGAACUUUAACAGACCACUGGCAGAGUCUGCAGGCAUCAAUAUUUCUCCAGCUCUUCAGCUGCAGGGAUUGGCGGCAACAUGGCCAUCCUGCCAAAGAUUUGUGCACUGUUCCACUGCCUUUGUCAAUCCAGGUAGCGGAUCUCCUGAUGCUCCCAUGGCGGAGGAACUCUUUCCACUCGGUAAAUACGAUCCAAAGCAGCUCUACGAAUCGAUGCGUGGCAACCAGAGGUUGGCACUGGAAGCAAAAGCAGAGCUUCAUUUUCCAAAUAACUAUGUGUUUACCAAGUGCGUCGCUGAACACUUGGUGGUACGCUACAACAAGAGAAGUGAAUUGAGAAUUGUCAGACCUGCAAUUGUUGGGCCCGCAUGGGUGUUGCCUUCUCCUGGAUGGAAUGGUGACAAGCCAUCCACAAUCACUGCUCUUUUCCUGCUAUUAGGGACGAGAGUUUUACGGUUCUCUCCACUCACGGACCAACCUACGGCUAUGGUGCCCGUUGAUGUGGUUGCUGUGGGGAUACUGGAUGCCAUGAUUGCUGCAUCCGCGGAACCAAAACCAGACAAUCCACUUUUCCCAUUGACCAUUCGAAACCUCACAUGGUCUCACAAGUCACCAAACAAAUUCAUUUCCGGUAUGCAAUUAGCAAAGCAGUGUAUCCCUGUGUGUGUGCUGAAGCACCUCUUCACAGCAACAGAAGCCGCCGUCACGUUUGCUCUGAUUGAUGCAUCAUCAAAUUACCCAUUCCUCUACCAUUUCCUGCAUCGAGUAUUCAAUCUUGGCCCUCUGAAGCUGCUCCAAUUUGUCUGCUGGACGGCACGAAAGCUUGGCAUAAGGAGUGUCCUAGAGCAAGUUCCCGUUGUCAAGUUGUUGAACUUUAGCGACAUGCUCACGCUCUACAGACCAUAUGUGUCCCGUCCUUACUUCUUUGAGAGCUCCAUGGAUGUCCCGCCUUCGCUGAAUCAGUCACAGUAUUGCAUCUGCUUGUUCACCGCAACACACGCCUUUUGGUCGACACUCUUUCCAGGAACAAUAGAAGAGUUGUCGGAAUUGGAGCUCAUGCCGAAGGGCAGAUUUGAUCUCUGGUGGUCACUCACGCUUCCCUGUGGGUCCUUCAAAAACCGACUCAUUGGCUACCUUGCCUGCAAAAUUAUCCGAGCAACCUACGAAAGCUCUGAGGUCAAUUUUGUGACUCUCUUUCAUGCUGGAAGAACACUGCUGAAGCUCGAGGCAACAAUGAAAGAGCAGAAGCAUUGCGUCGUGCUGGCGCCCACUCAUCGUUCUCUGAUGGACUAUAUCCUUGCCAAGUACAUUGCUUUUUCAAUGGUCGGUUUGGGGAUUGAUGUACCCUCCAUCUACGCCGAUCACGAAUUCAAUGAUCCCAUCCUACUACAACGGAUUGACGUGACAAAGCAAAGAUUUGACCGUCACGCAACCCUGGCAGCGUUUUUGGAGGGGAAACCGAGUCCAGAUGGCAGGCUUCAAAAGCCACGAACUCAAUUUCUCAAAGCCCUUGUGGAAAGUAGAGGUGAUCAUGAUUACACAUUUAUCCCAGUUUGCAUUGACUACGACCGCGUGGACAACCACGACAAGAUUAUGAAAGUAGCAACACGCGAAACAAGUAAGCUUGGUCUGCUCGAGAUGUUCAAACUGUAUUGGAAAAUACGCGCAUGUGGAAAACGCCCACAGUCCUUUGGAGACGUUCGAAUUUCCUUUGGAGUCCCAACAUCGCUGGAUACUAACUCGGACGUUGAUGCCGUUGCUGCUCAUAUCCAAUCGGAGCACCUACGAUUGACAACUGUGUCAGAUCUUCAACUGUCUGCCGCGGAGCGACACUUGCAGAUACCAACGUAUACCCUUGGCACUGCCUUGGAACAAUUGGGUGUCAACAUUUGCAAGAACAAAACAGAGGAAGAAGCCAACCCAGAGGCUCUUUUGCCAACCACCACUCCGGACGACUUGUGGCGUUUGCAUUUGCAGUGGAUGCCUCGAUUGGCUCCGUUCCUGGUCGAUUCUCAUCCGAAAUGGGCGCAAUGGAUUGUGGGUGGAGCGAAAAUGGAUGUUGCUGCUGCGGGAGAAACGAUUUGCUCUGAAGAGAUUGAAGAGGUCCUUCGAAUACUGACAAUGAAGCUGGACACUGCAGAAUCUUUGGUCGAGCAGGCUACAGCUGCGUUGAAGAGCGAUGUAGAGGAGGUGACUGUUGAAAGUUUGGUAGAGGCAGUGAAAUCCCGAUAUCCAGAUGACAGCAUUAGUCAAUCGCCCCUGCUAAAUGCCGCGGCGUCUUUUGCCUUGGAGUAAGAAGAGGGAGAUUUUCAAAUUGCUAAUCUAACUAGCACCUACCGGUUUAUAGUUAGUCGAAAUCCAGUAGCCCCUUGCUACCGUCAGCGACAGAGCGCAUCUUGCUUCCUAAAUCAAGCCCAU